CAGUCGUGGUUUUGCGGUCGCCGGCGUAGCACGGCCGAGCGGUGUGACAGUUUAAAUAUGAGAUUAACACGCAAUUGAAAACUAAAUGCAGUGCGAACGAACAAUGUGUUAACACUAAAAUGGCCUGGAUCUACCGUUACGUCCUUUGGAUAAUGCUGAUGAACGUGAGCCUCAGCCUCAAGCCUCAGGAUGGCGACGCCGAGCGCAACUGGGGCGAGAGUCGGAAACUCUCCGGCUCGUACAAAAUCGUCAACCGACGCACGAGGCCGACCGCUAACAAACGAGGUACUACGGAGGGCGGGCCGUUCGUUUUUCCCGGAGUGUCGUCCAGGAUAGGGGAGGCGGAGGAGAUACAGGUGCCAGAGGAGUGCCAGAAGACUGGUAUAUGUGAGGACCUCCCAGACUACCCCGAAGAUGUAGUUAAGAGUUUAGUUGAUGAUCUCAUACAACGCAACGCGACGACAAUAUUCAACAAUGACGUGUUGUUUCCGCCGCAACUCGCCGAGAGAAUCGGCGCUGACGACAUAGACAUUGAGCUGUGUACUUCAAAACUACAAAUAUUUACACCGAGAGCUGCCAAGACUGUCGACGACAAAUGGCACUAUAUUUUGAACCCAAAGGGCAAGCCUAAACAAACUUUUCGCGUGGAAAUAUGCAUGCCUGGCGACAGCCCUUGCAGUAACAACAACCCGCCAAUCAUGAGCUUCCAGACCGGAUACACCUCAUACUGCGAGCAGAAGUACUCCCUGCGAGAGAUGAUCGCGCUGGACAGCAACCACCAGCUAAUCAAAGACUCCUUCCAAGUGCCCACGUGCUGUUCCUGCUUGUUGAAACAGUUAUAAGUCUGAUGUACUAUCAGAGACGUUGAUUCCUAGGCAGAUGGGGGACCUACGUAGUUUGGUCGCGUUAUGUCAA